AUGCCGCCCGCCGUCCCGCCGCUGCUGCCGCUGCUGCUGCCGCCUCUGCUGCUGCUGGCGGCGGCGCGUCCCGCCGCCCCCCCGCACAGGCCUACAUUUGCAUGUGGAGGAGUUGUAUCUGGAGAGUCAGGGUUUAUUGGGAGUGAAGGAUUUCCUGGCGUCUACCCACCAAACAGCAAAUGUACUUGGAAAAUUACCGUCCCAGAGGGAAAGGUGGUGGUGCUUUCUUUCCGGUACCUGGACCUGGAGAGCGACACCCUGUGCCGCUAUGACUUCGUGGACAUCUACAGCGGCCACGCCAACGGGCAGCGCAUCGGCAGGUUCUGUGGCACCGUCAAACCGGGGGCCCUGGUGUCCAGCAGCAAUAAAAUGUUGGUGCAGAUGACUUCAGAUGCCAAUACUGCUGGGAGUGGAUUCAUUGCCAAGUUUUCUGCAGCAGAACCACACGAAAGAGGGGACCAGUACUGCGGGGGCCGGCUGGAGAAACCCUCGGGCUCCUUCCACACGCCCAACUGGCCAGAGCGGGACUACCCCGCGGGAGUCACCUGCUCCUGGCACAUCGUGGCCCCGAAGAACCAGCUGAUAGAGUUAAAAUUUGAGAAGUUUGAUGUGGAAAGAGACAACUACUGCAGAUAUGACUACGUUGCAGUGUUUAAUGGUGGGGAGAUCAAUGAUGCCAAAAGAAUUGGGAAGUACUGUGGAGACAGUCCACCAGCGCCUAUUCUGUCUGAGAAAAAUGAGCUGCUCGUUCAGUUUUUAUCUGAUUUAAGCUUAACAGCUGAUGGCUUUAUUGGCCAUUACAAAUUUAGACCAAAAAAGUUACCCACAACUACAGCUCUGCCUACAACCACAACAGUCCCUGCUACCUCAACUGUGAAACCUACAGUUGCCCUGUGCCAGCAGAAGUGUAAAAGGAGUGGGACUCUGGAAAGCAAUUAUUGUUCAAGCAACUUUGUAAUAACUGGAACUGUAAUCACAACAGUAACACGGGCUGGCAGUCUGCAUGCAACAAUAUCCAUCAUUAAUGUAUAUAAGGAGGGGAAUUUAGCAAUCCAGCAAGCUGGCAAGAAUAUGAGCGCCAAAAUUCUUGUUAUGUGUAAGCAGUGUCCUCUCAUCAGGAGAGGUUUAAACUACAUCAUCAUGGGCCAGGUAGAAGAAGAUGGCAGAGGCAAAGUCUAUCCCAACAGCUUUGUCAUGAGUUUUAAGACUAAGAACUCAAAGAUCCUAAAUGCCUUGAAAAACAAAACAUGUCAAAAUUGAACUCUGCAGCUGUGUUCUAUCAUCUGUCUUGAACAAUCAUUUUAACUUAGCCUAAGUCAUGGAAAUACAAGUGACUGCCAACAGUACAACCAUGCUGACCCUUCCUCCUCUCCUGUCCACAUAAGGACAGCUGGCACAAAGUGAAAUCCAUUCCAUGUACCAGAUGAGAACAGACCCUCCUAAGGCUGAAAGCCGAAGAUUUGCAGCACAGCCAUCUGAUCUCAUAGAAAAAUUCCAAUUACUUGGAAGAUGUUAAUUUAUAACUGUCCAAUUUUUAAGGAGUUUUGUACGUAAAAUAAGAAUUCUAAGUGCAAUAUUUAUAGCAACUCAGUUCAACUUAGCUUUUUUCUCUAAAGUUGUUUUAUUACAUGGAUUUCUGCAUUAUUAUCAGUGCUUAAUAAAAUAUUUUAAGAUUAAAUCAUC